AGGCCAGUCAACACACACCGUCUUCGGCCGUCAGAGCAGCAACAGCUCAAAGAACUUACACCAAAUAAGAAAUUAAAGAAGAAAAACCAAAACUACACAACAUGUCGUCGCUACAAAUGUCCGAGAUGUCCAAGACCUACCAGUACCGCAAAGUGAUGAAGCCCAUGCUGGAGCGCAAGCGUCGUGCCAGGAUCAACAAGUGCCUGGAUGAGCUCAAGGACCUGAUGGUGGCCACUCUGGAAUCCGAGGGCGAGCACGUCACACGCCUGGAGAAGGCCGACAUCCUGGAGCUGACCGUCACCCAUUUGCAGAAGAUGAAGCAGCAGCGCCAGCACAAAAAGGCCUCCGGCAACGAGAGCCUGAGUCCAGCGGAAGGAUUCCGGUCCGGCUACAUCCAUGCCGUCAACGAGGUCUCCCGUUCACUCUCCCAGCUGCCCGGCAUGAACGUCAGCCUGGGCACCCAGCUGAUGACCCACCUGGGACAGCGCCUCAAUCAGAUCCAGCCCGCCGUCAAGGAGGUCCUGCCAGUGACUGCUCCGCUCUCCGUGCAGAUUGCCAGCCGGGAUGGCUACUCCGUGCCCAUCUCUCCAGUGUCCAGCUACGCCGGCAGUCCCAACUCCAAUGUCAGCUCGGCCAGCACCUCCCUGCUGACCACCAUCGAUGUGACCAAAAUGGAGGACGACAGCGAGGACGAGGAGAACGUCUGGCGUCCCUGGUAAAGGGGAUACCUCAGCCUGCAGAUCGAGCGAAGGAGAGAUUAUAGAAAAUACAAAUCUUCCGAGUCGUUGGAAUUCCCCAAUCGACUCCCAACCUAGUUCUAAGUACACAAAAAACAGACAGCUUUAGACGAGGACGCGCAGUUCAUGUGAUAACUAAAUAAAUAAUAAAUUAUAUAGCUUAAAUUGAA